AGCCCAACUUUCUGCAGGGCAACAAGUCAGCUGGACUUUCAGAAACAAUUGUCUAUAUAUCUUUUAUUCAGAGCUAAACCUUUUGUGACUUAAAAGAACCCAGCAUCUUUAAAUCAGAUGUCUAUGAUUAGACAAGCGGAGGACAGUGAAGUCUCCCGUAGAUCACAAUGGUGUCUACAAUUGUGGUUCUCUGGACCUUCUUGACAGUGAUCUGUACAGCAAGAGGCCAUCAACCCAUAGCGCAAGCUAAACAAGCCACAGACCUCUCUGCAGACAUCAGUGACGACAAACUCUUAUUGGUGUCCUCAGCAAACAAAGAGUUUGCCUUCAGUCUCUACAGGAAGUUGGUAGCUCAUGCUUCCGCUAAAGGCCAACACAUUUUCUUCUCCCCAAUUAGUGUCUCUGCUGCCUUAGCUGCUCUGUCUGUGGGGGCUCGAGGAGCAACACGUCAGCAGCUGUUUCAUACUCUGGGCUUCAACAGCUCCCAGCUAUCUCAGACGGAUGUAAAUGCUUCAUUUCUGAAAAUCAUUGGAAGUAUGGCAUUUAAGAUCAGCCAAGGCACCGCUGUGUUUGUUGACAACCUGUUCACACCAAAGCCUGACUUCCUGCAUGUCCUGAAGCAGUGCUAUUUUACUGAGGGCUUCAAGAUUGACUUCACUAACCCUAUAGAGAGCACCAAUACCAUCAAUCGGUAUGUAUCUGGAAUGACCAGUGGAAAAAUAACUCAAUUAAAAAACCUGGAUCCAAGCACAGUCCUUUAUCUCCUGAGCUACAUCUACUUCAAAGGAAUCUGGGCGACUCCAUUUGAUCCAAAGCUGACUACGCUAGAUUUGUUCAGAGUGACUGAAACCAUUGAGGUUCCAGUCCCGAUGAUGAGGAUGGAAGCUGAUGUGGAGACUUUUUAUGAUGAGGCCAUUGCUACAUCAGUCCUCCAUCUGCCCUUCAACAACUCUUACUCCAUGCUGCUGCUGUUACCUGAUACCAUGGCGACACUGGAGAACAAGAUCAGUCCUGCACAUAUCACCAGGUGGUUGCAGCGGAUGAAACAAAGUAAGUACAAGAUCUCUGUUCCAAUGUUCUACAUGAAGACCUCCUACAAGCUGAAUGAUGUGCUGGCUGAAAUGGGAAUGGCAGACAUGUUUGGGGAUCAUGCAAACCUCAGUGGCAUUGCAGAUGGACAGAAACUGGUUGUGUCUGAGGUUGUACAUCAAGCAACACUGGAUGUUGAUGAGACUGGGGCUGCAGCUGCUACUGGUGUUGGCAUCUCUUUUUUCUCUCACACAGCCCCGGAAUUGAAGUUUAAUCGUCCUUUUAUAGUGAUGAUCACUGAGGUCUCUGCAGAAAACAUAAUUUUUAUGGGCAAGAUUGUAAAUCCAAACAUUUAAGAUUGUUUUUACAUUAUGAAUAAAAAGAGGUCGUUUUUCUAGUGUG